UCAUACCUGUCCUGUCAGCCGUAUUACCAUUAGUGACUCGACCAGUCCAUGCAAACAUGGAGAACACAACAAUAGGUCCGAGUUUAAAGCGCACGCGGAACAAUGUCAAGCAGUCAAAGUUUGGCUGCCUAACCUGCAAGAAACGUAGAGUUAAAUGCGAUGAGACAAAGCCAUCGUGCCGACGUUGCUUAUUCUCCAAAGUCUCAUGUCUUGGCUAUCCAAUUGGCGCACCUCCAGGCCCUUCUUUGAAAGCUGCAGAAGCAGCGCUUUUAUCUACCCGCAGUCCCCUGCGCAGCCCGACCUCUUCUCUAGAUCGCUAUGUCUAUCUUACCUGCACAGUCCUCAGCCAAGGACCACGUCGUGCCAAGAGUCAAUCUGAAAUUUCAUUCUGGAGUUAUGCUGUUCCUCAGAUGAUUCACUCAAUCCCAGCGGUGCAAGCUGCUGCUGCUGCAUUCGGCGCUUCGUACGACGAGCAUAUGCUUAGCUCUCGGGAGGGACUGGCAACGACACGACAUUAUCAUCAGGCGCUGAGGCUAGUCCAAAAUGAAGUUUCGGACCUUCGGAACGGUGCUUUGCCCUGUGUGGUCGCAUGCCUGCUUAUGGCUUUCACUGAGACUCUGCAGCAGCGCAGUGACAGGGGAUACAUGCACCUCCAAGGCGCUUUGGCAGUAAUGGCCGCACGCGGGAACAGUAGCCCGAAGUCUCCGAUUGAUGGCGAUGGGUUGUCAACUUUAUUUGAGAAGCUCAAUCUACAUUCGGUGACAUACGCUACCAGUCUUGACAUCCCAGUAACUGAUCGAGCAUUGUACUCCAUACUACACGCCAGCUAUCGUUUCAUCUCAUCAGCAUUUCCUUACAAAUACGCGCACCCUGGUCAAAUACCCUCCAACCUGUUAAUUGAGCAGGGGAGAUGUCGCGGGAACCUGCAAUAUUGGUUAUCAUCCAACCAACUCAAUCCACAACAAAGGAUCUCUGAUCCCCAGAACGAACAACUACUUGUGCUUCGGAUGCAGUGCUAUACCGCAUUGAUAUACGUCUCCAAUGCUCUUCAACCGUUCGAAACAGCAUAUGAUAACUACGCUCUCGAGUUUCAAGAGAUUAUCGCAUCGGCCAAAGCAGUUCUCGAUAUCCGAUCUGGCGGCAAGUCAUCAGAUUCCUUGCCGCUGUUCACACCAGAGAUGGGCAUCAUUCAACCUCUCUUCUUCGCGACGCUAAAGUACAGAAACUCCUUCUGGCGCGAACAAGCUCUCAACCUUCUCCGAAAGAGCGGCCGGGAAGGUCCAUGGUGCGGCGCUAUCGAGGCUCAGAUCUUGGACGUUGUCAUCGCAGCUGAAGAGAACACAUUGGACAAGCUCUCCUCUAACUUCGACGAGCCGCAGCCAAGCCAGCAUGAAACCUCUUUACCUACUCUCUUUACUCUUUUCGCGGGUCUUCAGCAAGUCGUUGACGCUACGCCACGAUAUUGUCCACCUUAUGGUCCUGUUCUUCCUGCGCCGAGACAGGCCAGUCAACAUCCUGCCGUCCAAUAUGCCGUUGAUACCAUUACCACUGUUCUAAAAGGACAGACUGGAGGGUUCAAUCUCUCUGGUGUCUCUGUUGGAGUCAAGUCCAUUUAUGAGGAUGAACCUUUGCUUGACUUUCACUACACGCCUUCGACCAUGAAUCCGAAGGAAGGUGUGAAGAAGAUCAAUUCUAGUACUGUCUAUCGUCUUGGAAGCAUUUCCAAGGUAUUCGCAGUACUGGCGGCUCUGCGUCUGGCAGAGGAUGGGGUGUUGAGCAUGAAUGAUCCUGUGACUCGCUGGAUUCCUGAGCUUGCUCACCGCGGGGGUUCUCACUCCGGUGACGAGCUUGACGUUACUCGCUGGACUGACAUCACUGUCGGUGACGCUGCGGCGCAUCUCUCUGGCCUUGGCGGAGAUAUGACGACUGAUAUCUCUGCUUUCCCUUUUGACUGGGAAGCUCUUGGCCUCCCGAAGCUAUCGAAGAAUACCAAGAUACCAUCUUGCAAAGGUCUCCCUGGAGCUCCAGUCUGCACCCGAAGGGACUUCCUCAAUAUCUUCAAGUCCUACCGUCCUCCUGUAUACCAACCUAGCGAAUCACCAGUCUACUCCAAUGCUGGAAUCAGUCUGGUCGGCCUUGUCGUCGAGGCAGCAUCAAAGAAGACCUUCGACGCCGCCAUCAAGGAUUUGGUCUUGAAACCCCUGGGUCUCAAACAAACAUACUCUGGCAUUGUCCCGGAGAACUCGGAAAACAUGUUCAUUCCUGCCGGAAGCGCUGACUGGGAUGCUGAUAUCGGAAUCUUUGCCCCUGCCGGCGCGAUGGGCGCUAGCACCGCUGAUAUGCUUUCUUUCAUGACCAACAUCCUCAGGAACAAGGCUUUAUCACCAUCUGGUACACGUCGAUGGCUGAAGCCAAACACUUUCACGUCAACAUGGAGUGCAUCAGUUGGAUCGCCCUGGGAGAUUUACCGCGUCGAUAACUUGACUUCCGACGGUCGCAUCAUUGAUGUAUACACCAAGGGCGGAACCCUGAGCGGAUAUCAAUCCGGUAUGGCCAUGAUUCCUGACACUGGCCUUGUCGUGUCUGUCCUUGGUGCAGGACCAGAAGUCUCGAGUGUUUGGGCACAGCUCGCAACUCUUAACAUCGUGGAGGCACUCAUUCCCGCUUUGGACAUGGCAGCUCGGGAUGAAGCCAAGGCUCGUUUUGCUGGACAAUAUGUUGACAAGAAGACGGGGUCUGCGCUUAUGCUCUCUCUGGAUAAUGGGCCUGGUCUGGUCUUGAGUAACUGGACUGCCCGCGACUUUGACGUUCUCCCAAACUUGAACCGCUUCCAGCCUGGACGAUACAACGAUACAGCCGAUUCCGGUAUCAAGAGUGUUCGACUAUACCCGACUGGUAUUGAGAACAAAUCUCGCGCCGCAUGGCGAGCCGUGUUCCCGACACUCAGCGACACUGAAGCUGACAUGAUUAAAGGUCUGACUAAGGUCAAGGAUGUGACGUGCAUUACUUGGCACAUGCUCGAUCGUUUCAUUUACAAUGGUCUGUCUAUGGAUCACUUUGAGUUUCAGUAUGGAAAGGACGGAAAAGCAGUUAGUAUUAAGUCCAAGGCGUUUGACAUUGAGAUGAAGAGGGUGGAGAAGAAAGCUUGAGGCAAGAGCAUAGUCAGAGAGGGCGUCGCGUCAUUCGGUCUAUCCUAAUUUGUUCAUCAUAUUUUGCUUUCAGACGUUAUGUCUCUCAUUUCAAGCUCAGUAGGAGGCAGAGACCUCGUCGCACUCCCCGGAUCUUCCGGCCCUGUCAUGCAGUGUCACAGCGAGUCCAGUGGGGCGGAGCUGCACAUGUAAGCCCCAAGGUGAAGAUACGUCUGGCUUACGCCAACUAUACGCUGGAAUACGCCAGCUUAAGAGUACGGCUCAAUAACUAUUUCAAAUUCUAUUAACCUUCCCUAGAGAUGGAGAUGACGUAGCUUGGGGCUUAUAAUGAUGUUGAACACC